AUGCCAGAGAGCAAGUCAUCCACCAAAGCGAAUGCCUUUUCUCUUCCGCCAAAUAUCAUUGCGGACCAAAAAUGGGUGAUUUUGGUUGCGGGAGCGGGGGAGUGGUGGAUAUGCCAUAUAGCUCGCCGAGAGACAUGUUCUGCCAGGUUCUGCAUGGACGGAUACGAAGAAUUUGUGUCGUCCCUUGAUUGCAAGGAUAGAGAUGCACAGGAUGAGGAGUACAUGAAAGAUAGGGAAAUGAACGCCAUGGCGGCGAAGUACCCAACAGAGCUGUUCGGACCAUCCGAAGUUGCCCCUAUGAAAAGGGCGAUGGAGCCAUACAAGGGAUACUUCACCAAGCAGGCCAGGGAAGAGCAGGAGAAAAGGCGUCAACAUGACAGCGAAAUGCGAAAGGAACGGUACGAGAAGUGGACCAUGAGGAAGGAAAGUGGAGAAAGGGCAGCCGAGGCACUGCCAGAAUUUAUGAAGGAAAUGGGAGCUAUGAGGUUUUACUCAGAAGAAGACGUGGUAUUGGCUCUGAAGCGUCGCGAUGCCUGUCAAGGUCAACAGCCGUCGCAAUUCAGCAUAAAGGACUGGGAGAUCAUUCAAGCUGCCCAGGCUCCCGUUGUUGACCCUAGUCGUGUCCGCUGCGGCCAGGUCCGCAAAGAGCUCUGUGUUGGGUGGACGCCUCCUAUGCGAAUUGGAAGUCAGGUUUCGAAUCGUUAUUUCGUCGCCAUCCGAAAGCUCCUGAGGGAGGAUCCCACCGCCCCGUUGCAGAUGACAGUAGCGUAG